AUGGCAUUGUCCUACUAUUAUAUCUUUCCAUUUUAUUGCUUUCUUCUCAUAAUAACAAUAUCAACUUAUAAUUCCCUAGCUAAAACCACAUUCCAUCCUAAAACACUAUUUCUUGCAGUAAAAAAAGAUCCAAUUAGCCUACAACACAUAUCUGAAAUUCAACAAAGAACACCUUUAGUUCCCCUUAAACUCUCAAUCCAUCUUGCUGGUGAUAGUGUAUGGGUAGAUUGUGAAAAAGGGUACAGUAGUUCAAGUUACAAAGCAGCUCACUGCAAAUCAAGUCAAUGUAAACUUGCUAGCACCACACUAUGUGGAGAUUGUCUUGUGGGAUUAGUGGAACGUGGUCCUGGAUGUAACAAAGAUGCAUGCUACAACACUAUUGAAAAUCCACUUGUUCAAAUAUUGACAAGGGGUGAAAUCGCACAAGAUGUUUUGACAAUCAAAUCCAUUAACGGACCUUUUGUAGGCCCUGUUGCAACGAUACCAAACUAUAUAUUCAGCUGCGCUGGAUCAUAUGUAACUCAAGAUCUAGGUAAAGAUGUUAAAGGAACAAUUGGUUUUGGACAUCAAAGUGCAGUAUCACUUCCUGUUCAACUUGCAUCAGCUUUCAAAUUCACCCGAAAAUUCGCCAUUUGCUUGAGCUCAUCAACAGAACGAAAUGGUAUAAUCUUCAUUGGUAACAGCCCUUAUUUGUUUAACGGUGGCUUUGAUGCCUCGCGAGAUCUUAUCUACACACCUACAAUUACCAGCCCAUACGACGUUGUAAGAGACAAGAAGAUCUCUGAAUACUACAUUACAGUUUCAUCUAUUAGCAUCAAUGGCAAAAAUGUACCAAUUAAUAAAACGUUGCUUUCAUUGGAAAAACAAGGUGGAACAAGUAUUAGCACGGGUUUGCCUUAUACUAUGUUGGCGAGUUCUAUUUACAAGGCGGUAACAGAAGCUUUUGUUAAUGAAAUGCCAAAAGAGGUUAGAUCUGUAGCUCCAGUUGAACCAUUUACAACUUGUUUUAACUCGAGAGAUAUUGGUAUGUCGCGCCUUGGCUUCAAUGCUCCUGAAAUUAACAUUGGUUUACAUAAGAAAAAUAUGCAUUGGACUAUUACUGGAGCAAAUUCGCUGGUGAAAGUUAACGAGGAUGUUGUAUGUCUAGCCUUUGUUGAACGAUUAAGUAGAGAUUGGGGAGAAGCUAUUAUUAUCGGUACGUAUCAAAUGCAGGAUAACUUGGUGGAAUUUGAUAUUUCCAGAAGAAGAAUUGGUUUCAGUAACUCACUGUUUUUCCGUCAGACUAUGUGUUCGAACCAGAACUAUACCUAG